GCUUUUGCAUCAAAAGUCCGCCAGCGUCACAGCAAAUUACAUGCGCGCAGCCUCAUUGCGAAUCGAGAGUUACCAUUACACCGACUCGUGUACACCUGCACACGCAAGCUUUGCCCACUAUGGCCACUCAAUACGAACUCGAGCACAAUGUCGAAUUCUCCGAGCCUCGCCGCGCAGGUCGCCGCGUCGACAUGGCCUCCUUCUUCUCCCUGCUGAACCAGCUCGACGAGCCCUCGACCGUGCAAAACCCGCACAACAACCCGCACGCCACGCCCACGCCCGUCGACACCGCCGCGCUCUUCCGCCUGCUGCAGAGCCAGAUGCAGACGCUGCUGACGACGGCCCCGACGACGGACAACCGCAACUUUCUCGAGGAGCUCAUCAACUCGCUCGAGGACGACAUCCACGACCCGCCCACCAGGCUGCAGGGCGCCAGCCAGGAGUUUGUCGACAUGCUGGACCGCGUCAACAGGAAGAAGCUUGACAAGGAGGACGACUGCGCCAUCUGCAAGGUACCCUAUCUGGAAGACGAGUACUGCCUCGUUGUAGAGCUGCCGUGCAAGGGAAAGCACCGUUUCGAUCUGGAGUGCGUUGGGCCUUGGCUGCGAAGCAAGGGAACAUGCCCCAUGUGUCGGGAGGAGGUGGGCAAGAAGAAGGAGGUUCCCAUUGUGGAGGACGACGAAGAGGAGGAUGGUGAUAUGAUGUAUGCGUAAUAACGUUGAGCAUGGUAGAGUUGGGCGUAUUGGAGUUUCUGUUAAAGCUUUAUUGGGGCGGGAUGGAUUUAUGAAGCUAUGGCUGCUCAUGACAUAGAAAGCGAAAUAAUUAUGGGCUGCCACAUUUGGCCUAUGCGAG